AUGAUGGCCAAGGUGCGAAUGUAUAUGCUGCUGAACGAGCUGCAGCGAGCCAAGCGCACGGACGGGCGGCUUUCGAUCGCCCACAAUCGCACCUAUCUGGCCUUGCUGCACAAACUGCAGAUGGAGCGCCUGGUGAUGGCCAUCAGCGUGGAGGACACAUCGCGGAUCAGGGCCACGGUCGCACUGCACGCGCUCUGGUUCCAGCCCCUGGCCGUCCCUCAGCGGUGUCCCCGGUACGAGGUGCAGUGGUGGGCCUCGGAACUGCUCCCGAUGGACACGGGCUACCUGGUCAUGUUCACCAAGCAGGGUGUGAUGCUGCACAAGGAAGCCCUCGAGAAGCGCGUGGGCGGCGAGAUUGUCGGCGUGGCGUACUGA